UGUCAAGCAAUUAAUGGAGCAUUAUUAUCCAAAACAUAAACAAAAACUGUUUAUUUGGCAACGGCUGAUUAGGAUAAAUUCAUGUUCGGUUUCGGGAAAUGGUUGUAGUUCUUUCUAAAUUAAAAAAAAUGAGUGGUUAUCUUUGUAAAAAAAUUAUAAUCUAAUUUUGUGCUCCAGUUUUGUUGUUGCGCAGAGUAACGUUGUGUUUAUUUAUUAUUUACGUCGGCUUUUCUUUGACGUAAAUCUAGACCAUAGAAUAGUAUUCUAUUAGUUUAUAUUAUUAAUAUGACAACUUUAAAAGGAAUUUUUCCCGAUCCCAAACCUCCAAGAAAAAAAAACUAUUUACAAGAAAAUGUUAAACAUCUUCGUCAAAUGGAAAAAUAUAAUCAAUCUCAAAAGGAGGAAAAAGAAAUUCAAAAAUUGAUGAAUCAGAAACAGUUUAAUAAUAAAUAUCAAAACAUUGCACCUAGAGUAAACUCCAGUCUUCGAGGACUAAGUGCAAUAUCUGGUGAAAAUAUUUCUAGGAAUAAAUCAAGAGCCAGUAGUCAAUCUCUUGAUAAAAAAUCCAGUGCUCCAAUUUUUAGUAAAGAAACUGUAAUAAAUAAGAAAAAUUUAUCUAAAAGUCAAACUAAUUCCAAUGUUAAUAGUAAAAAGAAAAAAAGAGAUCGACAUAAACAAAAUUUAGAGAAAUCGAAUAGUUUAUCUGAUGGUUUCUUACAUUUAAAACUUAAUAAUGAUUCUCCAUUAUACAGCUCUAGAAAAACAAAAUAUUCCAAUCAAAGUAUUCAAACAUUAAACACUGAUGAGAUCGAUGCUCUAUAUUCAGAAGGAGUAAUAAGAUAUCCAUCGGGUAGAAGUCAAAGGAAGAGUCCAGAUCCUAGUCCAGAUAAAAAUAAAGAUCUAGAUUUACAACUUCCUUUGAACAUUGGAGAUCAAUCAACAACAGUGUCAGAGAAAAAAAUAGAAUCGUCUUCGUCGAAAGAAAAUAAAGAUUUUGUAAAACUCAAUAAAGAAAAGACUUCUAUAGCUACUAAAAUAGCUGCUCAUUUUAAUAAUGGCGUGAUACCUACUAAUUACCGCAUGGGUGUUGUUCCUAAGUAUAUUUUGGAGAGAAAAGAAGAAUUGCAACAGAAGUUAGAAAAGGCUAAACUCGAAGCUAUCAAGACUGAUUGUCCACCAGGUCAUAUAAUUCUACCUGAUAAUGAACGUAAAGAAACAUUACGUAUGUUGAAAAAAAGUUAUCAAGAUUAUGUGAAUGAGUUAAAUAAAAUGCCAAUUAGGUCAGAUACAUUACGUUGCCAAAAGAAAAAAGCUGAAAUUGAAAAACAGUUAAAUAAAUUAGAAGAAGGCAUAAAACUUUUUUCCAGACCAAAAGUGUUUGUGAAAAUAGAUGAAUAACAGUAAUGAAACAAGUAGGUCAAUAUAUACUUUUAGCAUAACUAAUAUUUUCCACAAAGUGCCUGCAUUUUGAUUACUUGCUUAUGUGACUGUUCUGAUCAAUUCGUGAAUACUCAAAAGACUUGUAAAUAGUUGUACAUUUGUAAGCAGAGAAAAUCAUCUAGUCUUGUUGGAAUCUUAUUGAGAGAUUCAAGAUUGCCAAAAUAUAAAAAACAGACUAUUUUUGUGAAUUUUUUCUGGUUAAUUAUAUUUCAACAACAACAAUAAUAUAAAUUAGAACUAUUAUUAACAGUCAUUAUAAUUGAGGAAUUUUUUAAAUAGUCAAUCUGUUUCUUUUUUACAAUUAACAUCUAUUAUAUGUAAAAAUAAUUCAGGAUCAAAGUGGAUUUUCUCUGAGUUGAAAUACAUUUCUUCAUUGUCAUACCACUCUUUUACAUUAAAAUUAGGGAAGAAAAUUUUUAUUUCCCUUUUCACAGACUCCGGCGAAUCUUGAAAUGAAAAAAAUUGUGUUAAAAAAUGAUGGGACCAAACAAAAUGUGUCAAAUUUUUGUAAAAAUACAAUUUAAACAUUCACCUGAA